UCCUCUUCAGUGAGGGCGAUGAGGGGGGAAUGUCGAUGACGGGAUACAUCUUUUCACCAUAUUUCUUAUGAUGUUGUGUAGUUAAUUAUAUAUCGUAGGAUGGCGGCUGUAUUGGCGACGAUAGUUACAUUCCGUGAUCUAUCAGUCCUCGUAAUCUGGCUGUCCAUCGCUGCUGGGAAUGUUCUAUUUGUAGCUAUUUCGGCCAUGGAAUGGCAUGCCAUGGCGAUGGUCGAUGAACAUCUCGCGUGUCCAGGAGAAGCUCUCCGAUACAAUUAUGCCCGAUGGUGCCCCCGAUCCAGAAUGAAGGGGUCGAUCAAGGCACGUCGCAGGGAUGCUGUACGGAGAUACACUACGCAGGAACAACAUUCCAAUUUCUCUUUAAACGAAGAAUGCCGCGCCAUCGCGCUUGUUGAUCUCAAGUUCAGUGUUCCGCUGUCCGACGCUCCAUUCUUGGAGACGAAUCUUUCGGCAGGACAACGCUUGUUUACCACGCCAAUGCGACAUUCCACACGUCAAUGGCAUGAAAACACAGAAGCACUGAGGCUCAUAAAAGGCACUAUGAUGUCCGAGAUAAUGCAACCCAGCUUCCCAUCAAACUGCUAUCCUUUGAUUGCCUUUCAUUAUCACCGUUCCUUUACAAUCUCUUAAUCAGUUACCAUCAAAAUGAAGGGCGCAGGCGCAAGUUCACUCCGGUUCAGCUUUCGAACACCACAUUGAAGCCGGUCUUGAAGAUGUUU